GCUUUUCAGCUUGCAUGCAGUUGGUAUUAAAAUGUUUCCAGCAUCACAAACUGUCAACUGCGUACAUUGUGACAAUUCUUCCAGAAAAUACACAUGUCCCUCGGCUCUUUAGUAACUAGCUAGCGAUAUAUUUUAUGACAUCGUGGCUCAGUCACGUUUGCGCAGAACUUAGCAUUUAGUGGUAACUAGCUGUACCCUUGCAACUGUUAUUGUUACUUGGAUCCAAAAGUGACAGGCAGAAAGAACGAAAGUGCGAGGGGGACUGCGAAUUAGCUGGGUUAGCUAGCUACUAGUAGGGCUGAAGCCAAGCGAGGCCUGACUGAGCGAGAGGAUCGUGUUCCCUUCCGACAGAAACACGGCGAAAUCAUGGCCAACAUCGCGGUUCAAAGGAUAAAACGGGAAUUUAAAGAGGUUCUCAAAAGCGAGGAGGGUGUCAACUUCUGCCGCAUUGGCAGAUUUGGGUUCGAAAGCUAGCGUGACAUUUUCUACCUUCUUGUCCUGUUGCAGACGAGUAGAAACCAGAUAAAGGUGGACCUAGUGGAUGAGAACUUCACAGAGCUGAAGGGGGAGAUUGCAGGGCCACCUGACACGCCGUAUGAAGGUGGCAGAUAUCAACUAGAAAUUAAAAUUCCAGAAACAUAUCCCUUCAAUCCACCAAAGGUGCGAUUUAUCACAAAGAUCUGGCAUCCCAACAUCAGCUCAGUCACAGGUGCUAUAUGUCUGGACAUCCUCAAAGACCAGUGGGCGGCAGCUAUGACGCUGAGGACAGUGCUGUUGUCACUACAGGCCUUACUGGCAGCUGCAGAGCCAGAUGACCCACAGGACGCUGUGGUGGCCAAUCAGUAUAAGCAGAACCCAGAGAUGUUCAAACAGACGGCCAGACUCUGGUCUCAUGUGUAUGCUGGCGCCCCCUCCUCCAGCCCAGAGUACACACGCAAAAUAGACAAACUCUGUGCCAUGGGCUUUGACAAAAAUGCAGUAAUAGUGGCGUUGUCGUCGAAAUCCUGGGAUGUGGAGACAGCAACAGAGCUACUGCUCAGUAACUGAGUCUCAAUGCCCCCAUCUGACCCCUCUCCUUCAGUCUCCCUCCAUCUGAAGCCCUUUUCUCUGCUGUCCCUCUGACCCCUCACCCCUCUUAUCUACCUGUUGGAUACCCCCUUUCAACCUCCUGGCAUUUCUCCCAUUGUCAACAUCUCUGUACCACUCUCCUCCAUCUUCCUUGCCAUCUUCAUGUUGGCACUGUUCCCUGCCAUCAUUUCACAUACCUCAAUCAAAUGACUCCUUCCCUUAGGCCAUGUGCCAUUCCUCUCCCUCUCUACUCAUGCUAUUCAUGUCCAUUACCAUCCCAACUCCUUCAGUCGCUGGCUUUGUCUCAACAUUCUCCACCGGCGUCCUAUGACGUAUACAAUCCUUUUACAUCAGUUAUGACCUUGAAGAAAGUAAGCUGAGAAAUCUCCACCAUUUUGGCACUUACCACAUCACUGAUGUUUCCUAGCACUUGCAGUAUCCACAUGAUGUGUCAACUGGCUCAGUCUUACCAUCCUAAACUCUCCAUCCCAUCAGCAGGGAGCCCCACCCCUCUCAACCCUGUCAUGACUAUCAUCAUCAUCAUCACUCUUUCUUCUUCCCCCUUUUUCUAUCUGGUUCUGGCCUCCUACAGGAAGACGAUUAGAUUCCCGUUUUUAAAAAGAGAAAGAAAACAAAAAACAGAAACGCUCAGCGCACUGUUUACCGAUAACGCUACUCAAGCAAAUUUAAGACUGGGAGUUUAAAAAAAAUGAAGUGGUUUGAAAGAUAUCGCAUCCACUGAACAAUGCCAACAGAGGUUUAAAAAAAAAAAAAACCUGUCAAAAGAAUUCAUCUGUAAAUAAA